CGCGAAUUUCAAAGUCAAUAGCGGGUCCACAUGCAUACAAUCUACUGAUCUAAGUUUUUCGCCUUGCUAUUCGCGCGAUUGUGUUAAUGCACCUUUAUAAUAUAUUCUAUUCUGUGGUUGAAGCGUAGACAGACUGACAGAGACAUAAGAGAAAGUGAUAGCUUCCACCGCUCAGAGUUCCACCGCAUUCACACAAGAAAGAAAACAACUUAUGCCCACGUCAUGAUAAGAAACGAAACAACACGAUUCGAUGUUUUGUUUCGCGUUGCGUGCCUGUUUUUUCAAGGCCAGCAAUUAGCAAAGUGCAAACCAGUUUGCUAAACAAAUUUGAAGAAAUUUGUAUCCGUUGCUCUAUUGUUUUUCAAAAUAAAAAGAGUAGUGACUGAGGUGAAGGCGCUAUAACCUUCAGAGUAAGCUGCAGGCAUUGUACAAGACAUUGAAGAAGUGUUUACUCGGAAUAAUAAUGGUUCGUUGUAGCGUUUUGGAGUGUAAAAGUGACAGUGAAAUGAAGCUUCCCGAUUUGUCUUUCCACUCUUUUCCUGUAAACGAUGAUUUACGAAUGCGUUGGAUUGAGGCUACGGGGCGACCAAAUUGGACACCAAAAAAGUUUUCUAAACUUUGUAGCAAACAUUUUGCGGCAAACGACAUUUUUAAAAAAAAGAAAGUGACUGUUCUACAUCCUAAUGCCGUUCCAAUGCUGAAAUCAGAAAAACCUAUUCCUUCCACAAGUUCUCUAGUUGAAGAACCUAUGGAAGUUAAGAAGGAAGAAGAAGAAGACAGUAAUCUAACACAAUUUAAUUCAGAUGCUGAUUUUAAUGUAUCUAAGGAAGCAGAUGAAAUCAAUAUAGUGAAUGUGUAUAAACAUUUCCUUAAAACAUGGCCGCUAAAUGAUUGUAAGCGUAAAAGACGAAUAUGUGAAGAAACCGCAUCUAUACUCAAUACAAGCCUUACUAAGGUGUGGCGUGUUUUGAAGAAGAAGGGUAUCAAUUAUUCCGACGAUUUCCAGAGACCUAACACUCCGAUAGAGCUGGAUGAAGACGAGAUUGAAACCAGUACGUGUAAUGUAAUGCAAGAACCAGCAGAAAAUAACCAAGACGGAACAACUAAAGAACAAGAAACGCAAACAAUCCAAACUUUAUGUCCAAAAAUAUCUGUAAGGACGAAUUUGUUGAACGAACAAAUAGUUGGCAAUGAUUUUUUAACGAAGAAUAACCCGCCAGAAGAUUUAACUGGCGAUGUAACAAGAAAAUUAGAAAUGUUUGAGUAUUACGAGUGUCCGAUGUGCAAUAUAUUGUACCCUAAAUAUAUAAAUGUGGUUGAGCAUCUGCAAUUUUACCACAGUGUAGGUGGAAUAAAUCCAGAAAGCAUUGAGAAAGUCAUUGUACAACAGUGUGUUAUUUGCAAUAAAACCGUGAAAUCGUUACUAUUCCACCAAUGUCUGCAGGGAAACUUAGUUUGUGACGCUAGCACUUAUCACUGUGCGAUAUGCAAAAAGUUUUUUACAACUGUGGAGAUUGAAAAUCAUAUGCAAGUACACGGACAGGCGAAGGAAACUAUGUACUUUCCCAGCUAUAGCGAUUUUCUAUCAUGGAAAGAAUACAUAGAGGCACAAUCGUUGGUGCAAUAUACGAAAGCAGAAGAACACGACAAUAAACAAUAUUACCGCUGCGUAUAUGUGAACGGGAGUAGAGCGCAAAUAUGUCCCGGUUUAAUGAUCGCCCAAGAGUAUGGUAAUGGGAUACACGUUGAUCUCUUCGAAACCCACGAGCUUAUGAAGAAAAAAUACACAUUGCCAGCGAAAUACAAGAAAUAUUAUAUAUCGAAACUGUUCAACCCAGUAGAAGGCUACAACGCUACUAAAGUAAUCAUGGACGGCAACGACCAGUACUUGAAACUCAAAAUAUUGCUAGAGAACAUUGCAGUUGACGCAGCGAAGAUUGACGUGAACAGAUUGAGGGUUUUAAUGAGCAAGGCGCUAGAAAUGGCGUCUGUAUUGACGAGCUACGAUGAAGAAAUAGAAAAUACAGAUAAACAGGACAAUUUUGCGCAAAUACCAAACACGUUGCAGGAUAGUGAUGCGAGUGCAGUGAAAAGACCCAAAUUUGAUACAACCCCGAAAAUAGUGAAUACGUUCUCGUUAGCGAGUGUUCAAAUCGAUAGUGAUAGUGAUAAUGAUAGCGGUACAUCCAGGUCAGUCGAACUUAAAGAUGUUGAAAUGGAGUUGUUUAAAACUAGCACACUGUGUAAAAAUGCCGAACAAUAUAAGUGUAACAGGACUAUCCAAACAGAUAUCUUGAACAGUGACAAUCAAACGGACACAACUAAAGUGACGUUCAAUGAUACUUAUAAGGAUUUUGUUACUAAACAGUUUGAUCGCGACGCACCGUUACCCCAGUACACGAUACGGAGGAAAAAGCCACCUGCAAAAACCAUAUUUGAAUAUAUAAAUCAUGGUAAAAUGUCUGAGAACACGAAUCGUGAUGGAGAUAAUGACGGCUCGAUUGGAAAAGGCACUGUGGGCACAGUAUAUCGAGUAUACAGUACCACAAUUUCGUAAUAAACGCUGAAAAACUAUUUUUGGCGCGCAUUUAAAUUGUUUAUAUUGAGCUAUAAUCGGAAUAGUGGAAAUAUACUUUUCGAACUAUAUUACAAGUCGAAUAAAUCUAUAUAUUAAAAAGUGCGUGUUGGACUCGCGCACGUAGGGUUCCGUACUAUUUUAUAUAGCGGCAACGAAUGUACAUCAUUUGUGGUAAUUUCAACUUUCUAGCUAUCACGGUUUAUGAGAAACAACCUGGAGACAGAUAUACAGACAGUGGAGGCUUAGUAAUAGCACAGACUAGUAAUAGGGUCCCGUGUCCCGAGUUUCGUACCCAAACGGAGUUUGGGUACGAAACUCUAAAAAUGAAUCGCUAAAUGUGUUCAUAAGCAUAAAACUCGAGAACGGCUCGAAAAUUUUGUCAUUUUUUUUAACGUUUUUAUUUAGACACAAAGAAGGAGACACGAAAAAGGGGAAAUGGGACAAAACUGCUGGGGCAUCUAAAGGGGAUUUCAGAUCAUCUGUAACUAAAAAAUACGCCAUAUUGCUAUCACUGUAAAAAUUACCGUUAAUGUUAUUGUAAAAUUUGACAUUAACCUUAACUAUUAUGUAAAAUAUCAUGCAACCAAGACUUUAUUUUUAUUUAGUUAUUGUAAAAUAUAAUAUUUUGUCAUUUAAAAGUUUGAGUUUAUGUUUGUACCUGUUUGUACAAAGACAUAUGAAAUGUUGUUGAUUUUAUUUUUGUAAAUAAUUUACUUAUUCAGUAUUUUUGCUUCAAUAUGCAUAAAAAUUUUAAGUUCUGUAUAAAUUAUUUUUACAUGAUUAGAGCGUUGUUGCGCGCCUUAACCAUGUUCUUGAUAAUUUUAGUAAAUUUUAGUGAUAAGUAGAUAGCAUUAAAGAAUUUAUAAUAUAAA